AUGCCUCAGCCCUCCACCUUCCCUUCUCAUGAACGCGAUACUCAGCCUGUUCAUUGCGCGAUUACUCCUCCAAUCACCCCAGAUGCUCUCUUGAUGAAAAGACAGAGAUCCGGCGUCAUCGAGAACCCCUUUGUCAAGCCACAAAAUCGGUCUUGGGAGAUCUCGCCUCCAGCCUCGCUCACCAGAUCCGUUUCGCCGCCGCCGACCAAUCCUCGUCGACAGAGCAAAUAUGCUCCGAAUGCGAUUCGCCAAAAGUCUGAUACUGCCGCAGUUGAAGCCGGUGAAGUCGAGAUCAAAGACCAUGUCUCAUUCUUCUCGUCCAAGCUCCUGGCUGCUCGGCGACCUCACGUCCCGGGACAGCCUCGAUUGCCACACCAAGAAUGGCUGAAUCUCUAUCAGAGAAACUUGAACGACAGAGGCCAUCAUUUUGUUGUCCACCAACAUGAUCACCCUGUUGCUGGCACUCAUUAUGACCUCCGACUACAAUGUAAUGCCACGAGCUCUAUCAGUUUUGCCAUCAUGUAUGGCUUACCAGGAGACCCCAACAGCAGGAAGCUGAAUCGCAAUGCGACAGAGACCAGAGUUCAUAAUUUGUGGAACCAUCUCAUUGAGACAGCCUCUUACGAAACCGGAACAAUGCUCCUUUGGGAUACAGGGGAAUUUGAGAUCCUACCAUCGCCGUUACCCGAUGCCAACAACGACAGCGACCCUGAAUCAAACUCCAUGUCCGAGCCCGACUUGCCAACUAGCCGCGAGUCCGAACCAGAAAAACUACAGCGUGCCUUUCAGAAUCGCAAGAUCCGGCUCCGGCUCCAUGGUUCUCGGCUACCAAAGAACUAUACACUCAAUUUGCGCCUGACGCAUGAAAAUAACCGGCUUGCGCAGCCCUCUCCGCCAGCAUACAAACGUCGGAGGAAAUCCCACCAAGCAAUUGCGGCGUCCCGACGUCAGAACCAUGCCGAAACGUCAGAGUCGGACACAGAUUCCCCAUCGGAACCGAGCCGGGCAUCGACGCACGACCAAUCAAGCCAAAGUUCCCUCGAGAAGAACUUGCUUCAGCAGAAGCACGCUCCCAAGCUCAAACGCAACGUCUCGUCGCUGCUACGCAAAGCAUCCCCUCCGCCGCCUCUAUUGUCACGCAGGCCUGCUGAUUUAAGCGGUAUGCCUUCUUCUUCCUCCUUUGAACACCACGGGCCCCCGCCGCAAGUGCGAAACCUGAACAGAGAUGGCGAACCAAAGAUCAAAUCGACUGUGGCAAAAGUACACCAACCAGACGACGUGACGAAGCCAUCCAAGUCAAGAGAUGACGAGGAUGACCUCAUCCGCCUAUACAACGCCUAUCCCGGCGCCACGAACAGCAUCAACUCCAUCCACCAGCGUAAAUGGUUUCUUUCUCUCGACCGCGAAGCAUGUGGUUUUCGCCCGACCAAUCGUAUCGAAUUUGGCCGACGGGUCUGGGAAAGACCACGUCUCGACGACGCGAGUGGGACUCUAGGCGGCUUCGCUCCAUUCUACGUUCGCGGUCGAGAUGUCGAAGCCAGUAUCCUGACGGGCCGCUUGGCCAAUGAUGUUGCGAGUGACGAGGGAUUGGUCGCGUAUAAGCCUAGAGGCGGAUGGAGGGCUGUGACUGACUAG